CGAAACACCAUUUGUUUUUUGAGGGAGAAAAAAAAAUAGAAAUUAUUAACGAAACUAUAUUGUUCAGCUUAUACUUCGAUUUUAUGACAAUUUUUUUCGGAUUCCACAAAACUGAAUGGGAUAAAUCGCAUUCGUAAUUGAGAGGACGAACAAUGUAAUUCACGGUGCUGUGGAAAGGCUGUAUAAGAGCUAAUAAAACUUAUCGAUACAAUCGUAGAGCCUUCAAUAGUUUGACGCAUUGGUUACAAAUCUUAUCAUUUAAGCUAAUUUUUCCUAGAUUUUUUUAUUUGAUUUAUAAAUAUGGAGACAAAUGACGAAGUUGUAGAACGACAAAAACUUGUACCAAAUGAUUUGGAAGGCGAAGAGGAGAUUAAUAACCCUUCGAAUAUAUCACAAGCUGUUAAAUCUGCAACUAAUCUAACAUCCCCCGCUGUUCCAAAAAUGAUUAUAAAAAAUAUGUCGAGUGGGGAAACGACCCACAGUAGAAACUCGGCCAGUUGCUCGAUAGAACGCACAUCGGAGAAGGGACAGUUAACUUCUGCAAAAGUUACCUAUAUAAAUGAACGGCGUUCUCGACCAAAUUUGAAUGGGAAUAUUAGCGCAGGUGGAUGCAGCUCUGACGACCGGAUCGCUUUUAAAUCACAACGCAAAACACUUAAGGAAGCCGAAAAGUACAAUAGUGAUCACAGUACAAACAACAUUACACAAAUCAGCAGCGAAUUAUGUUGUAGUAAUAAUGCGUUUAUAAUGGAAAAUAAAAUUAUUGCCAGAGAAACUAAUAACAUAAAUGAUAAUAAAAUUAGAAUGCGUUUAUUACGAGAAAAAGAGAACAGCAACGAUUCUUCUGCUCUAUUUAACACCAUUAAUGGCUACAGUGGCGCGAACCAUGACAACUUUGACAAUCGUCCAAUUAAACAUCAUUCAUUUGUCUCAGAAGUACCAGACGUGAAGCACAUGGAAAGAGCCCUUUUGGGUCUUCUCGACGAUUUUCAUUCGGGGAAGUUGAAGGCCUUCGGCUCCGGAUGCACGAUGGAGCAGAUGUCCAAAAUUCGAGAACAACAAGAGAGUUUAGCUAAAUUGCAUUUUGAAUUAGCCGCUACUGAAGAGGACUCCCUGGAUAGGGUCAACGAUUUUAAUUCAAUAAAGGCACAAGAAAAUAUGUUGCAACUAGUUCAACGCCUUGAACAGCUAUCAAUUUCUAUUGAACAGUUGCAAUCGAGUCAUAUAGGACUUUGAAUCAAACUACAAAAUACAGAUUUCUACAUUUAAGAACCAUUGUUUGCUAAAUAUAUAAUAUAUCUACUUUGUACAUAAAAAUAAUCCUACUAAAAAUAAUUUAAUCCUGAGGAAAGGCAAUUCGAUUGGUUAAUAUUUAACAGAUCCAUGAAUUAUGUGAAACGUUCAUAUUAAAAACAUGAUUAUAAAGAACUAGAAUUUAUAAAAGAA